UAUGAUGGAAGUCAAAGGGAAGAAAAAAAUCACUGGAAAGGGCGCAAAGGCAUCACAAGAAAAAAACAGAUUUCAUAAAAGCAGCGAUUCUAGUUCUUCAAAGACAUUUCCAGGAAAAGCUGUUAAAGAAGGCAGACCUAAAGUGACAUCUAAGAACUUUGAGAAGAGUGCCACAAAACCUGGGAGAAAGGGUGUGAAGCAGUUCAAAAAUAAACAACAAGGGGAUAAAGUACCAAAGAACAAAUUCCAGCUGGCAAAUAAACUCAGCAAGAAGAGGAAAUUCCAGCCAGACAGCAAAAGUGAUGAAUUGGCCGCCAAGAAACCCAAAUGGGACAACUUCAAAAAGAAGAAGAAAGAGCUGAAGCAGAGCAGACAACUCAGUGACAAAACCAACUAUGACAUCGUUGUCCGGGCGAAGCAGAUGUGGGAGAUCUUAAGAAGAAAAGACUGCGACAAAGAAAAAAGAGUGAAGUUGAUGAAUGAUUUGCAGAAGUUGAUUCAAGGGAAAAUUAAAACUAUUGCCUUUGCCCAUGACUCCACCCGUGUGAUCCAGUGCUACAUUCAGUAUGGGAGUGAAGAGCAGAGGAGAGAGGCUUUUGAAGAAUUGCGAGAUCAUUUGGUUGAACUGAGUAAAGCCAAGUAUUCCAGAAAUGUUGUUAAGAAAUUUCUCAUGUAUGGGAGCAAGCCACAGAUUGCGGAGAUUAUCCGCAGUUUCAAAGGCCACGUGAGGAGGAUGCUGCGACAUGCAGAGGCCUCGGCGAUUGUAGAGUAUGCCUACAACGACAAAGCCAUCCUGGAGCAGAGGACCCUGCUGACAGAGGAGCUCUAUGGGAACACAUUUCAGCUCUACAAGUCAGCAGAUCACCCAACCCUGGACAAAGUACUAGAGGCACAGCCGGCGAAACUGGAGCUGAUUAUGGAUGAAAUGAAACAGAUUUUGAUGCCAAUGGCUCAAAAGGAGGCUGUGAUUAAGCACUCAUUGGUGCACAAAGUGUUCUUGGACUUUUUUACCUAUGCACCCCCAAAACUAAGAUCGGAAAUGAUCGAAGCCAUCCGUGAAGCAGUGGUGUACCUUGCACAUACCCAUGAUGGCGCCAGAGUGGCCAUGCACUGCCUCUGGCAUGGCACCCCCAAGGAUAGGAAGGUGAUUGUGAAAACUAUGAAAACUUACGUUGAAAAAGUGGCUAAUGGCCAGUACUCCCAUUUGGUGUUGCUGGCAGCAUUUGAUUGUAUUGAUGACACUAAGCUCGUGAAGCAGAUAAUCAUAUCGGAAAUUAUCAGUUCCUUGCCAAACAUAGUAAAUGACAAAUAUGGAAGGAAGGUCCUGUUGUAUUUGCUGAGCCCCAGAGAUCCUGCACAUACAGUGCGAGAAAUCAUCGAAGUUCUGCGAAAAGGAGACGGAAAUGCUCACAGUAAGAAGGACACUGCGAUCCGCCGGCGUGAGCUCUUGGAGACCAUCUCCCCAGCUUUGUUAAGCUACCUGGAAGGACACACCCAAGAGAUGGUGCUGGACAAGUCUAUGUGUGUGCUGGUGACCAGCAUCCUGGGAUCUGCCCUUGGAGAUACCCAGCCUGCCAUGAAUGCCAUCGCCAGCUUGGCAGCAGGCGAGCUACAUCCUGGUGGCUGGGAUGGAGAGCUUCACAUUGCAGAACAUCCUGCAGGGCAUCUCGUUCUGAAGUGGCUCAUAGAGCAAGACGGAAAGAUGAAAGAGAGUGGAAGAGAAGGUUGUUUUGCAAAAAUACUUGUAGAACAUGUUGGGAUGAAGAACCUGAAGUCCUGGGCUGGCAUAAAUCGGGGCGCCAUUAUCCUCUCCAGCCUUCUUCAGAGUUCUGAUCAAGAAGUUGCAAGCAAAGUCAAAGCUGGCCUGAAGAGCCUCAUCCCCAUAUUGGAAAAGACCAAAAGCACCAGCAGAGGAAUGGAAACGCUUCUGGAAAAGCUGUGCAUGUAGG